AACUAAACUAUUUAAAAGGCUCUCUACUUUCUAUGACACCGCCGCCUCACCUUGAUACCGUCCUCAUUGAUCGGCUGUCUGAGGGCGCCGUCUUAUUGAGCUACAAAAGACCCAGAGUCUCAAAUGCGUUCACGCCGCAGCAGUGCAACGACUUACGAGAAGCUUUGAUUUGGGCGAGAGAUGAGUCUGCUGUGCGGGUUAUUGUUGUGAUCAAUACGGAAAAGCGCAAGUACUACUGCCCGGGCCGAGUACUGGGCGGCUUGGACCUACUCUGCGCGCACCCAGACGACUUCUUCCAAAUACCUUUUAUGCCGCUGGGCCCCGUCCCUGAAGGAUGUUCCUCAUACAACUUUCUAAAGCAGAUGGGCAAGACACAAGCCAAUAUCCUCCUCGCCGGCGAGCGCCUGUGCGCGCAGGAAGCGUAUGUGGGAAGGCUGAUCACGACGGAGGUGCAAGCGCCAACGGUCGAGGAGUCUCUCGUGAAGAUUGGAGGAUAUAGCGCCGAGGUAUUGCAGAUGGCGAAGCAGCUGACGAUGGAUGCGAUGCAUGAUGUCGAGGCGAGGAAGAGGGCUGAUGUCUUGGUGAUUUUCGAGGGAGGAGAUGCAGGCUAA